AUGACCACUCAGGACGAAUUGGAACUCCAGCGAGCACGGCGGGAACUGUCUCAGUUCGAGGCCUACAAUCCCUCCUCCAAGAUCCUGUUGCACGAAGCCAUGGACACCAAGGAGACGGACAAGCGAGCUCCGGACUCGGAGCUGGACCCUGCCACCACACCGCAGCCCAAGUACGCCAAGGCUGCAGGAAAGGGAGAGGGGACAGAGCAGGAAGUCACCAGAUUGGUCCUUCGGCAAGCGGACACGAUCUCCUACCUUCAAAUGGACCUGGACUUCAUGGUUUUUCUCAAGACGAAUAUGCAACCCCGCCUUCCACAAGAGGAAGGCCAAACCUCCACCGCCCAAUGGGCCAUCGUGAAGAACCUCUACCAGGCAGCAACCAGUUGGCGCAACAAGAAGGACGCGGAGCCGCAGAACCUCAACGCCACCCUCCGAACCACCCUGAUGUACUGUAUGAUCAGCAUGCUCUGCAGCAAAGUGGAGAUCCUCGAGACGGACGAGGGCGAAGAAAGCCUCCUGAAAUUGGAGCAGCUGGGCUUGAUCGAGGACGGCAAAUUUCUUUAUUUGCGAUGGAAUGCCGACCUCCGCCGACACGAGAAG